AGUUGUAAAAUGAGGAACUUCACACUAAGUUACUAUAAUAAGUUUUACUUGUAACGUAUUUCUUAAUAUAUGACACUACCAUAUCAUAAAAAAUGUCAACUCACCCGUAAAGUUUUAGUUUAGCAUUAAUUUUAAAGUUGGAUCAAAUUUUUUGCACAUUUUUUUAAACUUUGUGGCAUAGAAAAUGACAUUUCUUGUAAUCACUUGAUUUAAAGUAAAGCAAUUCAAGGAAGUGGGACUAUUCUGACCAACAGGGCAAUCAGAAGGUAGGAGUUUCCUGUUUCACUCACAUAACCUGUCAGCAAAAACCAUAGCAUUGCAUCAAUGAACUGCUGGAAUCUGAGGUAAUCACAUGUUCUCCAAGUUCUCAGGAGUGGCAUAGAUGUAUGACCGAGGCUCACACACCUACAUGAAGCCAGUCACAAGAUGUGUUGCACAAUUUGUGUGGACUUCAGAGCCUGACAGAGGUGGGACUUAUCACAUCCUUUCAGAGAAAUAAAAGUGUAAAAGCAGAAUGGUACUGUUUCAUACAUCUCUUCUGCAUCGGACAAGACACACCAAUGGACCCUAUUGGAAAGAAUUAACAAAAAAAUAAAUACAUUUUAAAAAGUGUAAUCGCAAGAUUCCACCCCAGAUCUAGAAGAAAAUGUGUGCCUUUUCGAGAGAGAACGUCCUACAGAAGAUGAAUAUUCCGUGGUCCACAGUAUUAUAUUUUUUUGGAUUCUGUUUAUAUAUUAUGGACAUAGUGACAGACAUCUCUCUGUUUGUGAACUACAUCAAAAACGGCCAGUACUUGUGGGGUGGAAUGACGAUGAUGUUUGUCGUCACUGGAACGCUGUCCACCCAACCCUUCAGCUAUGUCUGGUACAGGGAUGAUGAUGAGGAGCCAAAGACACUUAAAGCUGGGCUUGCUGUGCACUUGUUUGGCUUGGGCACCAUUUUCAGGUACUAUCACCUGCUGAAAGAAAGCUGCAGAGUACAUAGGACCACAGCCAAUUCACCCACAGCAGAACGUACAGGGACGGAGCACAAUCUUCUCUUUGGCAUGGCAACAGACCUGUGCAUGCUCAAAAUGUUUGAAGCUUUCCUUGAGAGUGUUCCUCAGAUUCUCUUGCAGCUUUACAUAAUCCAUGACCAGAAUGAGGGCUUUUUCCAUCAAUGGUUGUCCGUUGCCUUUUCUGUCAGCAAUGUGGCUUAUACUUUGAUGGAUUUCCGCGUUUGCCUGCGCAGGUCUCUCCCCCAUGCCAGACAAAAGCCCUCAAUCCCUUCCAGACUGGUUUACCUUUUCUACAAGCUCUUCACCAUCACCAGCCACAUCCUCAGCUACAGCCUCCUCCUCACUCUCAGCGUCUACAGCAUGGUAGCCUUAACUGUCCUCUGGCUGCUGAUGACAGUUUGGGUCCACUUUCUCAAAACCGACUUUUGCACUUCCAAAGGCCUUGAAUUCUUUUACCGUUUAAUAGUGGGAUUCAUCCUCGUUUUCACAUUUUUUAACGUGAAAGGGCAGGACACCGGAUUAGCCAUGACUGUCUAUUACAUGUUGUAUGCCAUCAUCAAUAUUAUAGCUCCAAUAUUAUCAAUGUUUUUAGUGCCAGAACUGCAGACACGCGUGUUUUUGUGCAUAACAUGUGUGAUCGGUGGAACUACAAUCCUUGGGUUCAUGUGCCUCAUUUUGUAUUAUUACUACCUGCAUCCCAGAGGGAUGCAACGGGAGCCAGAUGAGGUUGAUGGCUUGGACACAAAAGCAAAAGCAACAAGGAGAAUGAGGCGCUUUCUUCAACCUUGAUUAAAGUCAUUUUUAAAUCAUAUUUAGUUUAGUUUAGUGAGAAGAGUUGAGUGAAGAAUGAAGUCUAGACUCCAAAACAAGUUCUCGUUGUUUUAGUAUCUGAAAGUAACAUUUUUUUGUACCUAUAUGAUAGUGUUGUAAAGAGGUUAACUAUGUUACCAUUUAAAUUAAUGUACAAAACAUGACAAAAUAAAUAUUUUUUUAAAUGCUUUGUUAAUAAAAAAAGCCUUUUUCAAAAUUUCGCUACAUAAUUAUUAGUUUAUGUUGGUCUAUUGGGGCUGUGUGCAUGGUCUGGUGGUAAGCACUGUCCUGUCACAUCAAGAAGGCCUUGGUUCAAAUCCUGGCUGGGUUUUUCUUUGUUAAAUCUGUUUGGUGCAUGUUGUCCCCAUGCAUGCAGGGUUUUUCUCUUUAGCUUGCUCUUACAGCCCAAAAACACAUUUCAUAGGGGAGACAGAGCCUUCUCCAUUGCUGCCCUGACCCUACGGAACACCCUGCCCCAACACCUCAGAGACUGCACUGAGCUCCCAAUGUUGAAAAAAAUCGCUAAAAACUCAUCUUUUUCAAAUGGCUUUCAAUCUUUAAUCUGUCAUUUUUAUUUAUUUUAUUUUUAUUGUAUUAGCUCUUGUUUUAAGUGACUGUUUCUUACUCACGUGUUGUAGUGCGUCUCUGUGUGCCAUUUAAAGCAUUUUAAAAAUAAAAUGUAUUAUUAUUAUUAUUAUA